AGAACACAUCGAUUUUUAGUCGCGCAGUCUUUUUAAAAUACAAAUCUGUCUCUUCCCUCUCCUCCCACAGAAAGAAAAGAGACUCCGGAGAGCCAACUGCGCGCUUACGUUGCGCGUGCCUUCACUUGCCCAGUCUCGCCAUUCCUCCGUCCUCGUUUUAUAUUUAUCUAUCUCUCUCUCCCGCUUCAUUUUUGCAAAAAGGAUUUUCUCUUCGCUUUCGUCUUUGUUUAUUUCGUGUGCGUUUACUGUUCUCUUUUCCCUCCUGCUUCCGUUUCUGCCUAUCCGCCGUCGUUCAUUGAUAUAUUUAUAGUGCUCUUGGUGUCGACAGCGAAGAAUUCCUUUGCUUCACCGGCACUGAUUUGUGUUGCCUCUGCUGUUUUUUUUACUAAAAAGAAAAAAAACACGAAUCAACAUCAGAAUUGUUUUUAGAAAGCACCUUCUCUCUGUGUGCGUAUGCGCUGAGAGAAAUCUUUCUUUCCUUCACCUCUUUUCCCCACGCCCGCUUUUUUCUUUCUUUUCUCCUUGUCAGCCGCGGUAGGAAGUACUCCCGUUGCUGCUACUAUUCAGUCUCGUUAACCCCACACCACACCACACCACCUGCUUCUAUCUUCAUUUGUAUUUUUUUUGUUGGUGUUUGUCCCUUUUCCGUUCUCCUUCUGCUCCGCGGCCAACGUUGUGCCUCCGUGCGCGGUUUCUGUACUGGGGUCGACGGUUGAGCCGAGGCGCCACUCGAGCUUCGACGGUCGCCGUAUUUUCCCGUGUCUUUCCCGUUUCGCUUUGGCUUCCUCAGGAGGCAAAAAAAAUACAAAGCAAAUAAAACGGUGAAGAAGAAGGAGCCGUCUUCUCAUUGCCAUCAGACUCCACUCACACAUACACGCAUACACAUAACACCACCAUCAGCAAAAGCACUUCCACCAUGGACCCCACCUCUAACGACUACGCCUCUCCCCCCUCCAGUCCGGUAGAGCGAGACCUCACGGCCGUGAUGAUGGCGGACGAGGACCCCUCCACGCCGCACAACUCCACCGUCACCACCACUGCGGCCGCGGCGGCAGGUGCUGUCGAUCUGCCCCACAACGUCAGCAGCUGGGAGUUGCUGGACAUCACGGCGGCGUCGUUCACCGCCCAGAACGGCGGAGGCUUCGGUCUGACCGCCCUCCCCAUCAGAGGAGAAAGAAGGGACAGUAACGCUGAUGAAACACCCGCGGCGGCGAUGGCGCACUCAUCGACGAGGGAGGAUGACGCCCCAGCGCACGUAGAUGCCACAACGGGUGCACCGUCGGUUCCGCCUCCACACGAUGCACUCCGGGAAGGGGCGUCGGAUGUGUACGACGCUUUCCCCACCGCAGAAAGCGGCUGCGUCUCCCCAGCCAACUCCACCCUCAGUGGGUGGUCCCUCAUCUCUAUUCCGUCGGAGGCGCACUUCAACUUGGGCGUCGCGGCACCCGCAUCGCAAACACAGCCGCCGUGUACGGCAGCCGACGCUGACGCCACGAACACCGAUUGCAAGGGCAGGACUCACAAGAUGGGCCAUGAAGGCGGCGCUGCGGAUCCGUUGGUCGCCGAUCGUGUUGUGUCUCAGGCUCUCUUCAUCGCCUCUCCUCUUCUGUCGCCGGUGCCGCUGGCGCACGAGAUCGCUUCUGUUGCUGCCGCAGUGGGAAGCAGAGGGCGUGAGGGCUGGUCGACGACGAGCUACGAAGAGGUGUGCAUGAGCGACGCCUGCAAGAGUGGCGGCCAGACCACCCGCGCUGUCUCGUCGAUCGUCUCCGCCUGCACGACACCGUCGCCCUUGCACAGCGCCGCCUUCCUUGCGGAGGUCAGCACCCUCUGCCCUCCAGGGGGGGCUCUGCCAGAAGAGGAAGGGGCGGGCGAGGCGAUGGCGGCGUCCAGGCCGUCCCAUCACGAAUUGGCGAGAGCGCAGUGGACGACGUGGAUGUGCAGGGAGGUGGAGGGGGACGGUACGGUGCACGAGGGCGUCGAGCAGCUGUCUGGUCUCCCCCCGUCUUCACCCACAGCCUCCACCGACGCCUCGAAGACGGCAUCGAGCCGGACGGCGACGUGGUCGGCGCGGCGGCUGUCUUUCCUUUCCGCCUCGACGGCCACCGUGUCGUUCACCGCCGCCUUCAUUCCGCGGACGUCUCUCACAGGUUUCACGGGUGCCACGGCGUCCCUCUUCCACGCGAACGGUGAGGCCACGGUGCACGACACGCCGCCGCCACCGCCUUCCUCCGCGUCCUCGUCGACCGCCUCUUCUUCGCCUUUUUUGUCGGUGCUGGUGGGCGACGCAGCGCAGUGGUGGUCCUGGACGCGUGUGGCGUGCGCCGAUGGCCCGCAGCGGGCCCUGCGGGGUCUGCACCAGGUGUGCGACUACAUCUGGAUGGACCUGAAGGAACACUGGUACCCGCAGCUGCGGCUGGUGCUGGGCGAUCACUCCUGUGCGGCGAAGGUCCACCGCACGUACCGCGGCCGCCGACGCGUUUCCCACCGGAAGGCCGACAAGAAGGCGGCGACGCUGUCGGGGCACGCGUCACACCGGCUUGACGACGGCGUGGAGCCGAAGGAGUGGCGAAGCGUCUCUGCGCCGUGCCUGGUCAGCGGACAGGUGUACCCCUCUCACGAGUCCAAGCGUGCCGCAGCGGCGGUGAGUGAGAAAUGGAAGGACUUGCACUCUGAAACAGGUAAGGGCUGCGGUCACGCCUCCCGAUCCACGCGGCACGGGCUGCAGCUUUGUUUUGCCGUCACGGCAGACGCCGUGGCAUCCGCUGCGCAGGGCUUGUGCGUCUUCCUGCUGUGA